AUGUCAAAUUUACAAAAUUCACCAAAUCCAUCUGUAAUUACAAAUAUAAUACGAACAUUAACUAACUCUACUACUAUACCAGAGAAUAAAAAACAUUUAGUUCCUACUUCUGGUACUUAUCCAAAUGGAUUUAAAGUUGCAGGAGUUCAUUGUGGUGUAAAAAAAAAUGGGCAAAAAGAUUUAGCUUUAAUUGUAUCAGAUAAACCUUGCACUGCCGCUGCAGUAUUCACAACUAAUGUUUUUAAAGCUGCUCCCGUUUUAUUGUCACGAGAAAUAUUAAAUAAAAAUUCUGGUCAAGAUAUUCGAGCAAUAGUUAUAAAUUCUGGAUGUGCUAAUGCUGUAACUGGUAUUAAAGGAAUGGAAAAUGCGAAAAAAAUGUCUGAUGAAGUAUCAAAAUUAACUAAUGUAGAAACAAGUACAUUAGUAAUGUCUACUGGUGUUAUUGGACAACAUUUACCAAUUGAAAAGAUCAUUAACGGAAUAAAUGUUGCACAUGAAAAAGCUGUCAAUGGAUCUCACGAAGGAUGGAUGGAAGUCGCUGAAACUAUUAUGACCACUGAUAUUUUUCCUAAAUUACGAUCAGGUCAAUUUACUUUACCUUCAUCAGGAUUAACAUAUAGCAUGGCAGGAAUAGCUAAAGGAGCAGGAAUGAUUCAUCCUAAUAUGGCGACUUUAUUGGCAACUAUCGUAACUGAUGCGCCAAUCUCCACACCUGCAUUAAAUGAAGCACUCAAAUAUGCUGCUAAUAGAUCUUUUAAUUCUAUCAGUGUAGAUGGUGAUAUGAGUACAAAUGACACAUUUGCCAUUUUAGCCAAUGGAGCUGCUGCUGCUACUAAAGAAACGAUUAUCGAUGAUGUACAAGGACAAGAUUUUUUGAGAUUUAGAGAUGAUCUUACAAAUUUUGCAACCGAUUUAGCUAAAUUGAUAGUUCGAGAUGGUGAAGGUGCUACAAAAUUUGUAACCAUUCACGGAGUGCCAACUUUCGACGAAGCUAAAAAAGUUGCGUCAACAAUUGCAACUUCAGCACUAGUCAAAACAGCUUUAUUUGGUCAAGAUGCUAAUUGGGGUCGUAUUCUUUGUGCCGUCGGUUAUUCCGGUGUUUCUUCAAUUAUUCCGAAUAAAGUAUCUGUAUCAUUUAUUCCCAUCGAUGGAUCGGCUCCUUUAAAAUUACUUACGCUCGGUGAGCCAGAAAAUGUAGAUGAAGUAAGAGCUUUGGAAAUAUUGAAAAUGGAAGAAUUGGAAAUUAGAGUAGAAUUAGGUAUUGGCAAUGAAGAAGCGAAAAUGUGGACUUGUGAUUUUAGUUAUGAUUAUGUCAAGAUUAAUGCCGAUUAUAGAACUUAA